AUGAAGCUGUUUGGUUGGGUGCAAAAUAAGCUUAAUGGAUCAAAACAAGCGAACAGGAAAUCAAAUGCAGUUCCGACUAAGAAUUAUUAUGCAAAACAAGAGCAUCGAGAAGAAUUCAGUGAUUGGCCACAAGGAUUGUUCUCAAUUGGAACGUUUGGUAACGACGAUAUAAAAGAAAUUACGGAAAGCCAAAAUAUUAACAAUAUUCAGGAGGAGAAUAAUCCAUCUUGGUCUGAGGAAGUACUAGAUAUCACUCCUGAAGAAGUUGGCAAACUACAAAAAGAGUUGACGAAGCUGUUAUCCCGGAAGCCAAACAAGGAAAAGGAAAUCUCAGAGCUUCCUUUGGAUAGAUUCCUAAAUUGCCCCUCAAGCUUGGAGGUCGAUAGGAGGAUUAGCAAUGCACUUUGCUGCAGCGAGUCCGAUAAUCAUGAUGAUCAUAAUUAUGAUGAUAAGGACGAUGAAGAUAUUGAUAAAACCAUCAGUGUCAUAAUUGGUAAAUGCAAAGAAGUACUCAUUUCUGCAGAGAGAAAUAAGAAAGCCAUUGGGAAGAAAUCCAUUUCUUUUCUUCUCAAGAAGAUGUUUGUUUGUAGAAGUGGGUUUGCUCCUGCUCCAAGUUUAAGAGAUACACUUCAAGAGUCCAGAAUGGAGAAGCUUUUGAGAACAAUGCUUCACAAGAAGAUGUCCCAUCAAAAUUCUUACCGGGCAUCAUCCGUGAAGAAAUACCUAGAGGACAACCCAAUGACGAAGAAGAAAAAUGACCAAGAUAAGACGGCAUAUAAUGAGUUAAAGAAGAAAAAUGAUCAAGAUGAGACGACGCAUGAUCAAAAAACUGAUGAUGGGGGUAAAUGGGUCAAGACAGAUUCUGAAUAUAUUGUUCUGGAGAUUUGAGUCUUCUUUCUUCCUUCUAAUAGCAACUGUAGCAUUCUUAUUACAAGAUUCAAAAGUCUAUGCCUUGUUAUUUAGUUACACUUGGAAUUGACCUGAAGUCUGCUAUUAUUUAAAUGUUUUGAAAUUAUG